CGGCCUACUCCGAUUCUAAUAGUAAUCCAAACAACAAAUUUCUCUUCACAAUUGUUUCUACCGUGAUAUAUUCUGAGAGAAUGGUGAAGAAAACACAUCAUUAAAAUUGUUGGUAAGCACUUCAUGACACAUUUUAAGAUGGAUAACAACAAGUGCUUGAAUGUGUCCUCGGCCUGGGACUCGGAGGAGAUUGAAAAAAUGCCGGAGCAGGACUCAACUCCUUCAGAGUCCGUUGUCCUGCCUCCGGCUUCGGACAAGACAGAGGACAAGGACGGAUUCCUCGGGAGAAACCUUAAUAAACCUCCCAAGAAAUGGAAUUUUCCGGAGAGUGGAGAGUCCGAGGGAAGAAAAGAAUCUGGAGACUCUGGUGUUUUUCAUCUCGGAGAUCUAGUUUGGUGCCGGCUUCCUAACUCCUGUUUCUAUCCUGCAGUAGUUGUGCAAGAUCCGCAUUUCAAGUUCUUCACUAAAAUAGUCAGGUCUGAGACAAGUAACUCCGAGUCGGGGAAAGGACUCAACGAUGAUUGUAUGAAAGAACGACAAUAUCAUGUUCAAUUCAUUGGUGAUAAUAAAAUUCAAUGGAUAUCUGGUAAAUACUGUAAAGAGUACCAAGGUAUACCUGAGUAUGAAAAAUUAGCCAUUAAAGAUUCCUCAAACCUUAAGAUCUACAAACCCAGAGCUGAAAAAAUGCAAGGUUGGAGAGAUGCUCUAGUUGUGGCCGACGAUUUGGCCGGUUGUGAAAAAUCGGAAAGAGUAAAGAAAAUGGAAACCGCAAGACUGGGCGACAAAAGUGGAAAAUCUUUCAUCAAAAAAAUCGAUCUUGAAAACAAAAACUUUGGUUCUGAUCUAAAUUCUCCAGUGAAACCCAAGCAUUUACCGUCUCCCAGGAAACCUGCUGAACCUGAAGGGAAGGAUCAACGUAAAAGUGCCCAGUACCGACGACAGGAGGAGAUGGAUUACAAGAUUCAUAAAAUGACCGAAGCUCGGUCUUCGGAGAAACCAAAAAAGUCCAAACCAAGUUCUGAAUCUGAGUCGCCCCAAACUAAACUAACCCCUGCUCCACCAAUUUUUAAAUCUAAUGCGUCUUUCAGCAAAUCUUUCAAGAUUAAAAAGGACAAGAAGCCGGAGGAGGAGGGUAAAGAAGCUGAAGUAUUGAAUAAAAAUGAAAAUGUGAUAAAAGAAAUUCCAAUUGCUCCCGAUCAAGAUAAAGAAUCUAAAGUAGAACCUGUUAACGAAAAUACUAUUAAUACUGAAGCUGUUCCAGAGGUUUCUGAUUAUAUCCUAACUGGCCAAAAGACUGAGCAAAUUGCCAAAUCCGACGGAUUCGGAAACGGGGCGCUAGUUUGGGCUAAAUUGCGUGGAUACCCGUUUUGGCCGUCGGUUGUCUCACGAGAUCCAGUAAACGGCGAAUUUGUUAAAGUCGCAGAUACAAUUUAUAAGAAUUCUCGACGAAUACAUGUUUUAUUUUUAGAAUAUGGUAAACAGAGAGCCUGGAUCGGGAGUAGUUCAAUUAAGAAGUUCCAGGGAAUAGAAGGUUUUCUACGUGACAAGGAGACGGCGAGUAAAAAGUCUAAACCUGACUACACACCAAAUAAACGAACUCAGGCCCAGUUCAACAAAGCUGUUGAGUAUGCAGAGGAGCUUGCUGGUCUAUCCGACGAGGAACGAAUAGAGAAGGUUCUUAACAAGUACGGCUGGGCUAUGGUUGCUGAUGUGGACGAUGAGGAUCAAGGUUCCAAUGUAACUGAUACACCACAAGAGAUGGAAAUAGCGCCGAGUAAUGGAAGAACAGGAGAUGCAGAGAAUAGGACGGAUUUAUCUACUCCGGAUCCAGUGAAGAGAAAGCAGAAGAACCUGAAUAGGAGAUGUAGCGUGGAAGCACAGUCAACAAUAGAUCCAAGUACAGACGAACCUGUCGAGGUUCCCAGAUCUAAACCUGAGAAACGUGAAAGCAGUUUAAUAGCUUCAAUUGUGAUGAACGGAGUGAAUAGUGACUCCGACACUGACGACUCCCUCUCCCUUCCUGUGAAGAAGAAGUUGAAACCUAAUAUUAAGAAAGGAGACUCGGCAAAGAAACCCAACAAACCCGUGACUCCGAAACCAGUACAAAAUGAAGCGCCUUCUAAUCCUACCAAGGUCUCCACGCCCAGCACUCCUUUAACUCCGAAAGAGUCUGGUGAUAAAGACGAGUUUCCCCGUGUAGGUGACCUGGUGUGGGGGCGUAUGCCCGGUUUUCCUUUCUGGCCCGCCUUUGUAACUCGUAGUCCCGAGGGAUCAUAUAACCGAGUUCUGGCCAACGGUAAAACUACGUCACAUGUUCAAUUCUUUGGUUGGAAUGAUGAGUCAGGAUGGGUGACAUCUGUUCUCGAGUUUGAGGGAUUGGAAUCAUUUAAAGUUCUCGCAGGUAAGAAGAAAUCUGACAAGUCGUAUAACCCUGGUAAGGGAGCAAACUAUAAAAAGUGGGAGAAGGCAGCCCGUGAAGCCGAGGAUACGAUGGGAUUAACAAGACAGGAAAGAGUGGAUCAGUAUAUGGUCAGCUAUGCACACAAACUUUUGCCUUUAUCACAACCCAAAACACCUUCCUCACCCAAAGCCCCCUCGACACCCAAAACCCCAUCUCGAACACCGGGUUUGUCUAAACCUGUUGGAUCUCCUGCUACUUCUAAGGGUUCUAGUAAGCGACCUCUGCCUCGAGGUUGGAUCAGUGAGACGAGGAUGAAGGACGGAAAAGAGUUGACGGUUUAUGUUUCUCCUGACGGAGAGGAGUUCACAACCAAGGCCUCGAUGCAACGGCAUAUAUCUGAAGGAAAGAAUUCUCUAGGAGUAGUUUAUCUAGAGGAUUCAAGUUUACCACAGGGUUGGAGAUGCCAGAAGAUAGAAUCCAGUAUCUUCUUCUUUUCUCCUAUCGGAGAGAGGUUUGAGUCUAGAAGAAAGGUUGCGGAGAGGAUGAAAUCAGAUAAUUACAGUGAAGAAGCUGUUAACAGAGUUUUAGCUGCAGAUAAGAGUCGACGACCUGCUCCUAAAUCAGUGCUGAAGAGUAGAGGAGAAUAUUUAUCUGACGAAUCCUCUGUUGAAAGUGAAAACGAGGAAGAUUUGGUGAAAAUUCUUCCCAAGGGAUAUAAAUACAGGUUUGGAGGACCCUACGAUAAAUUCCUGGAUAUUGAGAAGAUAUUUGAUCCCUCGGACGGAGGAUUAAUUGACAUGGUUCAGCUCCCUGAUAUAUUUCUGGCUCAUCCUACUGUCAGGGUUCAGGAAUCUGAUAAUGAAAUGAUUAUUUCUGAUGUGGAUACUGGAGAGUUUAUAGCCAAGAAGAUAAUCUAUGAUUAAAUUCUUUUCAAUUUCUGAUGCCGAACCGCGGCUCAAAUUCUUUAAAUUCGGCCUCUGAACACUUUUCCGCAAUUUUGCGAAAACAUCGAUGUUUCUGAUCCCAGGACACUUUUCCUUUAAACUCCGCAAUUUCCAAAAAUGUUCUUUUUUUUGAUCCCGGGACAUUUCCUUUAAACUUUGCAACUUAACUUAUGAUGUUUUUAGUCUCACAGCGUUGUUGAUCGUUUUUUAUUCCUUGUAAAUAUAGUGUCAUAUGUACAGUGUACACACGAUUUGGCAAACCCGUUCAUAAAUUUAACUGUUACUAGGAUCUGUCCUUAAUUUGUUAGUUUUCAAUGCAGUACUUUAACUAACUUCAAGAUACGUAAUUUCAUUAAACUCAAAUAUCUAAUAAACAUUUACUCGUAA